CUAUGAAAGAGUGACGUGUAAAGAAGAUAAGGAAAAUUAUCCAAAUCACUAGUAGUUUACUUCAGCCAUUAAUGAUACUGUUCACAUUUAUUCUACCCUUCAGUGUGGUUAUCGCAGGAUCCUCUGCUCUAGGUGAACACGAGGAUGGAUGUGGAAUCUAUCCACGAUGUGAACAAUAUGGUGCAGGAGUUUGGCAAAUACUGGAAGAUUGUCACAAGUAUAUAAGCUGUACAUUUGAUGCGAAUGGAAAACUGGUUCAAGAGAACUUGGAAUGUCCUGGAGACCUGGUCUAUACUGAAGAAUAUGGAAAAUGUGUAGAUUAUAAUAUGGCAUUUGAGUGCAAGUUGUUCAAGGAUACACCAUGCUUUGGGAGCUGUCCUAGACUUUAUAUUAUGUCAGAAGGUUAUGGUUUAGAGCAUCAAGAGAGAAGAUUAGGGUGCUUUAGAUUAUCAGGAAGUAUGUUUGGAUUUCUACCACAUUAUAAAAAUAUGAAUGCUCAGUAUCUAUCCCCUGAUAGUUCAUCAUCCCCUGCAUUAAUUCAUUGGCUGAUUAGCGAGAGAUUUGGAGCAAUGAACGGAGGAGUUAAGAAUGAAGAGUAUUAUCACCUUCAAUGUCCGUACACUGGCUGGAAUAGUGGCUGGCAGGUGGAUAAAAAUAUUGGAAACUGGGUGGAAGAUAACACUAUCACUAUUUCUUGUUAUCAUGGUGAUGAAGAUAUUACAACUCAUGGUCCAACAAGCUCUACAUCUGCAUCACCUUCAUCGUCAUCUAGUACUACAACAACUGUUACAACUUCUACGACAGAUUCAACUCAACCCACUCAAUCCACUCAACCAACUCAAUCCACUCAACCCACUCAACCCACUCAACCCACUCAACCCACUCAACCAACUACAACUGUUACAACUCCUACAACGGCUUCCACUACAACUCCAGAGCCAUCAGUUUGCGAAACUGAAGGUCCAAAUGCUAUCAGCAAUUGUAUUUCUGAAUUCAACUGCUGUCAUAAAGAGAGUGGAAACUGGAAGGUUACAAAAUGCACUUGUGAUUUAGAUUUUCUGUUUUCUGAGGACUUUGCUAUGUGCUCUUGGCCAGAUGCAUGCUGGAGAAAUGAACUAGAUGUUUCCGUUCGAGCAAGUCACACUUGUGAAAAUAACAGCCUUUGCUAUUAGAAGAAAUCAAAAUAUAUUUUUUUUUUAAAACCUUUAAAUAAUCAAUAUAAAUAUUAAAUACACGUAAAAGGAAAGCUUUCUUUUCCUUCCAUAGA